AUGGGUGACCAAAGUGAAGAUGAACAAGUUCCGGAGAUAACUUUGACGUUCAAAGCUACCCAAGCAAGUCAUGACGUCUCCAUUCCUGCUAAUUCAACUGUAGAACAGGUAAUGUUGAAAUUUUGAUUACAAUUUUUUGUUUUUAGGUGAAAGCGAUCCUUUCCGAGAAGUUGAACCAUCCAAAAGAUCGUCUGACUCUUAUUUUUUCUGGAAAAAUCCUAAAAGAUCCCGAUACUAUUUCUAGUCAUGGUAAGAUUUUACGAAAUGCAAAAUUUAUCUUGAGAAAUGUUGCAUGCUCUUAUUUUUAGGCAUUCAAGACAAAAUGGCCGUCCAUUUGGUACUCCGUGCGGUAAACGGAGCAGCUCCGGCUGCAACACCAGCGGCUGCCCCUCAAACUCAACCAGUACGUUUUAUUUUUUAAACCUUUUUUAUUGUUCAGAGUGCCAACUCACAACCGACUCCUCAAAAUCCAUUUUCCGCCCUUGCUGGCGGAAGAAAUCCCAUGUUAGGAAACCCUGAUAUGAUGCGUGAGAUGAUGAAUUCUCCUGUUAUGCAACGAAUGUUGAGCAAUCCCGAUCUUGUGAGAAGCAUAUUUAGUGAGAAUCCUCAAAUUCAACAAAUUAUUCAAGUAAGUAUGGCUUGUAUUAACGUUAAUUUCCGGGUUUAGAGAAAUCCUGAAUUGGGCCACAUUCUCAACGAUCCUGAGGUGAUGCGUCAGACCAUGGACAUGAUUCGCAAUCCUACGAUGUUCCAAGAAAUGAUGAGAAAUCAUGAUCAAGCUAUUCGUAAUCUUCAAGGGAUUCCUGGUGGAGAAGCUGCACUUCAAAGACUUUAUGAGGACGUUCAGGUCCCCUUGUUGAAUAGCACGGCAGGAUCUUUAGGAGGAAAUCCUUAUUCUGCUGGAAAUACAGACAACACUGAUACUUGUGAGUUGUGCUUAUUGUUUCUAUUUGCUUUGAUUUUUAGCGUCGCGUAGUCAGAGAGCUGGUGUUGAGAACGCAGAGGCCUUGCCAAAUCCUUGGGGAUCUUCGGGUGGAACUCCAAGACAAGCUGCGGGUUCAGGGUCUGCGGUUAAUACAAAUCCGCCAGCCGCUGGUGGGCUUGGGGGUCUCUUGGGCGGUUUGGAGAAUAUGGUAACUCCCGAGAUGAUCUCUUCAAUGUCUAACGCACUCCAGCAGAAUCCAGAAGCGUUGAGAAGUAUGGGUUUGGACAACUCCGAACAGAUGCUUUUCCGCCUUCAGCAAUUGGUAAGAAUCAGUCCCAUUGGUUUUCUUUAUUUUUAUAAUUUUCGUUGAAUUCACAUGUUUUUAGACGGCGAAUCCAAAUGUUCUUCGUUCGAUGACAAAUCCUCGAGUGAUGCAAGCCCUCAGUCAAAUCCAACAAUCAAUGCACGUCAUCCAAACGGAAGCCCCCGAACUUUUUGGCCAGAUGUUCCGUAAUGCCCAAGGUUUAAAUUUCAUGACUCCACCCUCAUCCUCUGCCCCUGGUGCGAAUCAAGGAGCUGAAGGUGGUGCUCCCUCAGAUAUGAGUGUCCUCUUCAAUCAAUUACAAGGCCUGGGGCUGGCAGGAGGAAACCCUGCACCGUCGGCGGAGCCUCCAGAAGUCCGAUUCAGAUCCCAAUUGGAACAACUCUCAACUAUGGGGUUCAAUAACAGGGAAGCCAACAUUCGAGGUAAGAGGGCUAUCUGGGUCUGUUAUUAAUUUAAUAUUAUUUCAGCGUUGACGGCGACGUUUGGUGAUGUUUCAGCUGCAAUUGAGAGGCUUUUGGGAGGACAGUGA